UGACAACAGAAGUGAUUGACAGCUUUAAUGAACUCUUCAUUGACGGUGCAUUCAGUGACGCUCGUAAAUGACACAACCCUGUUAAUAGCCCAAGUUGCCUCACAUCGAGGGUGUUUCUGGUUCGAAUCACUGUCGGUCUUUUCAGUGUGGAGUUUGCAUGUUCUCUCUGUCCAUGUUUCUAGCAACUAUUUACGAUGAAGCGGGCGAUAUUGCAAGUGUAAGAACUACCAGGCUAGUUCAGGGCAGCAUUCCCCCCCCGAUGCUUUAUUUCUACUUUUGUACAAACAAUAUCUGCCUAAUACAACAAAUUUUUAUUUUCUUUUUAACACGUCAUUCAGAAAAUCCGGCAGAAAUCCCGGACUGUGACGUUCCUCUCCUCUCCUCUCUACAGAGGUGGGGAAACAUUGUUGUGACGUAAAGCCAAAGAUGGCGGCUCCCCUCUCCACGAUGAAAUUUUGGAAGCCGGGCUCGGAGGCACCGGGCGUCUCAGAGGAGCGUGAGCUCAACUCGGAGACCACCGGCUCUCCCAUCAUCUUCAACCCGAACACCGCCCUCUCUAUCGAGAGGCAGCGACAGAAACUCCCCGUUUUUAAGCACAGAAACAACAUCUUGUAUUUGGUUGAAAGCUUCCAGACUGUGAUAAUAGUUGGUGAGACUGGCUGUGGGAAGACAACACAAAUACCUCAGUACCUGGUGGAGGCUGGCUGGGCCACAGAAGGGAAAGUCAUCGGAGUGACGCAGCCUCGACGUGUUGCCGCUAUCUCUGUGGCAAACCGUGUUGCAGAGGAGCGAGGGGCUCUGCUGGGACAUGAGGUGGGCUAUACCAUCCGGUUUGAUGACUGCUCUGAUCCCCACGCCACAAGGAUCAAGUUUCUGACAGAUGGAAUGCUGGUCCGGGAGAUGAUGGCUGACCCUCUUUUGAGCAAGUAUAGUGUGUUGAUGCUGGAUGAAGCACAUGAGAGGACUUUGUAUACAGACAUAGCCAUUGGUCUACUAAAGAAGAUUCAGAAGAAGCGACGAGACCUCAGGGUGAUUGUGGCGUCUGCCACCCUCGAUGCCAAGAAAUUCCAUGAAUUCUUUAACUUGAAUGAGUCCGGAGAUCCAAACAAGGAUACUUGUGGAAUUCUGACUGUGGAAGGACGCUGCUUUCCUGUGGAUAUCUUCUACACUGUCAGUCCUGUUCCAGAUUAUGUAAAGGCCACAGUGGAGACUGUCAUGAAGAUCCACGAGACGGAGGAUGACGGCGACGUUCUGGCUUUUCUCACAGGGCAGGAAGAAGUGGAGAAGGUGGUCUCUCUCCUCCAGGAACAGGCCAGGUCUCUGUCCCGAUAUGGCAUGAAGAAACACCUGAGGAUUUUGCCCAUGUAUUCUGGUCUGCCUUAUGCUGAGCAGAUGAGGGUGUUUGACCGGGUUCCUCCUACUGUUCGCAAGGUUGUGGUGGCCACAAACAUCGCUGAAACCUCCAUCACCAUCAAUGGAAUUGUGUUCGUCAUUGACUGCGCGUUUGUGAAGCUGCGGGCCUACAACCCUCGCACCGCCAUCGAGUCGUUGGUGGUCACUCCCAUCUCCAAGGCUUCAGCCAGCCAGAGGGCUGGGAGGGCGGGACGGAACCGACCCGGAAAAUGCUUCAGGCUGUACACGGAGGAGGAUUAUGACAAACUGCCUGCCUCCACUGUGCCAGAGAUGCAGCGCACCAAUUUGGCUCCUGUCAUCCUCCAGCUCAAAGCACUCGGCAUCGACAACGUUCUGCGGUUUAGCUUUCUUUCUCCUCCUCCAGCUCAGACGAUGGUUCAGGCCCUAGAACUUCUUUACGCUCUGGGAGGGCUGGACCAUUAUGGACGACUGACUGAUCCCAUGGGCGUGCGGAUGGCGGAGUUCCCUCUCAGCCCCAUGUUUGCUAAAAUGCUGCUGGAGUCGGGAAACUUUGGCUGCUCCAAAGAGAUUGUUACCAUAGCAGCAAUGAUGCAGAUUCAGAAUAUAUUUGUGGUGCCACCCAAUCAGAAGAAAGUUGCUGCUCGAGAGCACAGGAAAUUUGCAGUCGCCGAGGGAGACCACCUCACCAUGCUGAACGUGUAUGAAGCAUUCAUUAAGCAUCAGAAGAGCUCCCAGUGGUGUCAGGAACAUUUUCUCAACUACAAGGGUCUUGUGCGAGCAGUGACGGUGCGAGAGCAGCUCCGCCGUCUCAUGAACAAGUUUAAGGUGCCACGAACUUCCAGUGAAGGCGAUCCAGACGUGAUCUUGAGGUGCAUUGUUGCGGGGUUCUUUGCCAAUGCUGCCCGCAUUCAUCAUUCAGGUUCCUACAGGACUCUACGAGAUGAUCGUGAGCUUCACAUCCACCCCAACUCUGUACUGUAUGGAGAAAAACCUCCAAAGUGGGUGGUCUUCAAUGAAGUGGUGCAGACCUCCAAAUACUUCAUGCGUGAUGUGACUGCUGUUGAAUCGUCCUGGCUGGUUGAGUUAGCGCCUCACUUUUACAAGCAAGCUAAGCAUGGGUCUUUGGCCAGCAAGAGAUCCAGAGUCCUGUAACAUCUACCACCAUUGCACCACAACGAGACAGAGACAAGUUUACCACUGUGCCGUACCUGUUCCACUGUAUAUAAAGAUAUAUAUUUAUUGUCCAUGCAUACGUGCACAACUUCCUGCACCUGGGUGGCCAAGCUGCAACAGUAGAGUUGGUCCCUUUUAAGCGCUGACGUGAAAACCUGUGCUUUACUGGCUGUUUAUAUUUGGUUUAUGAAUGUGAGAUGAAGCCAGGCUGGGCCUGACUGGUGCCCAUUUAAGAAUGGUAAAGUAUUGUUUCCCCCUUGAGGGACUCUUUUUAGGUAAUUUACUCUCCCAUAAACCCUGGGUGCCUCCUCCGUUUACUUCCAACUUUAUUUUUGUUCACUUUUCUGUAUAUUCAAGAAGUUGUAUAUAUUUUCAGAUAUGUCAUCAUAUAAAAUACUGUUUUUUUUCUCUUUCUCUCCAUCCAUUUUCAGAGGCUCCUCUAUACACUGUGAAUGGGUUCUUUAACAUGUUUUCAUUCCUUGUUUCCAUUCAACCAGCGUACAGCUCAAAGUGGCCUUGUCACCACUCUGUGCCAGUAUUUUUAACCAGCCACUUCUGUCUUUUAUUUUAGGAUGGAAUGUGUAAAUCCACCAAAAUAUUGUAAGGAAAAAUAAGCUGUGAAACAAAAACUAAGAAUGAAGUGCCAUUUGUUCCUAUUCUAACAGUAAAACUAUGUUAAUGUGUGUCCAUCACCCUAAAAGAAAACAGUUUUACUCUGUCACCUGCCUCUUCUUUUAUAGUUUCUUCAUUAACAGCUUCAUUUGUUUUACUUUAUUUAAAAUACAAAUCAUUUCCUCUGCAAAGUUGUUGAUUUCUACAUCCACUUUUGUAUUUGUGCAUUUUAGUGUUCUUCAAUAACAGAAAGCUUUGUUUUUAAUCUAAGAUUGGUCACUGUAAUCUAGUCAGCUGCAACGUCCUCUAAAACUAUUGAAGUUUUCAGUCAUUUUGAGUCUGCCUGCAAAUCUCUUUGCUAGAACUCGUUCUUUAGGUUAGAAAAAUAGCCAGAGAAGUGUAAAACCACCAGAAAAGUGUAGCGUGAUCGGUAGCUAUCCUCAAAUGAAAUAAACGAGGCACCUUUGCAUGUUAGCUGGCGCUCUAAUGUAGACCGUACUCACCUGAGAUUACCUCUUAGCUGUUUCCUAAAUGACCCUCACAAAUACUAUGUAUGUAGCUCAAUCAGCAAUCUGUAGACCCCUGUAACUGCUUAUCUGAAAUGAAAACAGACACAUCUUGUUCCUUCAUGUAUUCUUUAUUAAAGCCUUACUGUCAUACUCUGAA